AUGCGCAUUGUCUGUAUUGGAGCAGCACCGACAGGCUUGGGAGCGGCUUAUCGCCUAAAUGAACUCAUCCAGGAGAAGAACUGCAACGCUGACGAUGUUGAGAUGGUCAUUUUUGAAAAGGAAUCCUACGCUGGUGGUCUAUCAUGCACCGUCAAGGAUGAGCAAGGCUUUCUGUGGGACAUGGGCGGUCACAUCACUUUCAAUCACAAUUUCCCUUACUAUGAGAAAGCCGUGAAAUGGGCUGUGGAUGAAUGGAACAGUCUACAGCGAAACUGCAUGGUAGACAUGAACUUCCUCUACGACAAGGCUGGUAUUCACUUGGUACCGUAUCCCGCUCAAUUCGCUAUACCACUCUUUCCCGAAGAGGUUAAGCAGAACUGUUUAAAGGAUCUGAAAGAGCGCUACGAGCAGGAACCAGACGGUGUACCAGAGAACUUCGAGGAUUGGGUGCUGAAGCAUUUCGGACCCACCAUCUUAGACGUUUUCUUCAAGCCUUACACGAAAAAGACUGCAGAUUUUGGUUGGGGACCAAAUUCCUGCUUCACAUUCCCUAAGCACGGUGGAACAGGAAACGUCUGGAAUUCUAUGUCGAAAAAACUGCCGAAAAGUUGGUUCAAAUACAGUACAAAG